AUGAGUCUGUACGAAUUAGAACAAAUCUCACUGGCAGUGAUGAAAGAUUAUAAACUGAAACAAAAACAACAUAUUCUUAAUCUAUUUGUUCAGCUAUACAAUGCUUAUGUCACUGAAGUACAAGAUAUGGUGGAUGAACUUCGUUAUUUUUACGAGUCACAAGAGCGUACAUUAUCCUCACCAAAUUAUAUUUCGCCUUCAAAAAGUAAUAUUGAUCAAAAUUAUGAUUCACAAAUAGAAGAAGAUCCAAUGGUUGAUUUUCCACUUGAUCUAUCGAAACAUCAUCAACCAGUAACGGUUGAUGUACAACCACAAAUUCAUGAAAAUUUAGUAUUAAUCAAUAAGCAAUCAGAAUCGAAUGAUGACGAUAGUACAGAUGACGAAGAUAGAACAAAAACAUUGAUUCAAAGUUUGAAUUCGAAAACAUUGAUAAACAGUGCAAAAUCCCCCGUGCUUGGUUCAAUUCAUCCAGCACCAUAUAUUGUUGAAAAUAAGCAUGACGAUAGCAAUAUCAUUGAAAAAUCAACAAUUAUUGAAGCAUCACCUGAUCUUCUUCGUCGGUGUACAUCGACGACCACAAUGAAUCCAUUUAUGAAUGUGAAAUUACCAAAAAAACAGCGAAACGAUGACUGGAAAAUGUCAAAGGAUGUUUCAAAUAAACAAUCAACAUCAUUAUCGCCUAUACCAAAACGUAAAAAAAUAUCAUCAAAGAAAAACAAAUCGAACAGUAAAACGUCAAUCUCAUCUCAUUUAAAACAAACAACAAUGACACAAGUAUUUGACAAAAUUGACAAAUCUACACUGCCUGUACAACAGUUACAAUUCAUGUUACCUUUGCCAGUAACAAGAAAACUUAUUCUACCGACGGUUAAUUAUAGAAAACAAUCAGGACAAUCGAAAUUUAUUUUAACGGGUAAAAAAUCAUCGGAUGCAAAUGAGUCUUUAGUCAUAAUAUCCGCAACAGAACAAAAGCAAAAGCGACUGCUGUCACCACGAAAAGAGCAACAACUCGCCAGUGAACAAAUGGAUACCGAUGAAAAUCAGGUAAAUGAUUGUAAACGAAUUUUUAAUCCGUAG